UAAAUCCCUCUAGUCUAGAUGGUAACAAACAUAGUCUGGGUUGUGUAACAUCAUAAGCCGUAGACUACUGACCCAUAGCUGAAGAAAACUGCAGAGAAGUAGGAAACCACAGAAGAGUGAACCAUGGAUGCACCAUAUCGCAAGAUAAAUGGAGAAACUGGCAUACAGGAGUCCAUGUACCUUGAGGAACUGUCCAACAAGGCUCAGGUCGUGUCCUGUAUCUUCUCACUUAAGGAGGGAGUUGGGGCACUGGCUAAAACUUUGCGCUUGUUUGAGGAGAAAGGUAUCAACCUGACCCAUAUUGAAUCCCGUCCCUCCCGUCUCAAUAAAGAGGAUUAUGAGUUCUUCAUUAAUGUGGAUGCCACGUGCUCCAAGGAGCUGGACGAAGUCAUUGCGAGCCUCAAAACACAGAUCAGCGGGCAUGUGCAUGAGCUGUCUCGCAACAAGGCAAAGGACACAGUGCCAUGGUUCCCAAGGGAUAUUCAAGAUCUGGACAGAUUUGCCAACCAGAUCCUGAGCUAUGGUUCAGAACUGGACUCAGACCAUCCGGGGUUUACAGAUCCUGUGUACAGGGUCCGACGGAAGGAAUUUGCUGACAUUGCCUACAACUACAGACAUGGCCAGGUUAUUCCAAAGGUCGAGUACACAAAGGAAGAGGAGGCCACCUGGGGCACAGUGUUCAGGGAGCUCAAGACCCUCUAUCCCACUCAUGCCUGUUGGGAACACAACCACGUUUUCCCUCUCCUGGAGAAGUACUGUGGCUACCGGGAAGAUAACAUCCCACAGCUGGAGGACAUCUCCAGAUUUCUGCAGUCCUGUACAGGAUUCCGCUUGCGUCCUGUCGCUGGUCUGCUCUCCUCCCGGGAUUUCCUGGCUGGGCUGGCAUUCCGGGUCUUUCAUUCCACACAGUACAUCCGCCACUCAUCAAAACCCAUGUACACGCCUGAACCUGAUAUCUGCCAUGAGCUGUUGGGCCAUGUGCCUCUCUUUGCUGAUCCAAGCUUUGCCCAGUUUUCACAGGAAAUCGGACUGGCUUCUCUGGGUGCGCCAGAUGAGUACAUAGAAAAACUUGCAACGGUGUACUGGUUUACAGUCGAGUUUGGUCUGUGCAAGCAGGGUUCGGAAAUUAAAGCAUAUGGAGCCGGCUUGCUUUCCUCUUUUGGAGAACUGCAGUAUUGCUUAACAAAUAAACCAGAGAUCCAGCCAUUUGAACCUGAAAAGACUGCCCUUCAAGCAUACCCUAUUACUGAGUUCCAGCCCAUUUACUUUGUUGCUGAAAGUUUUGAAGAUGCCAAAGAAAAAGUCAGAAAAUUUGCUGCCACCAUUCCUAGGCCCUUCUCUGUCCGCUACAACCCUUAUACCCAUAGCAUCGAGGUCCUGGACAGCAUGCAGCAGCUGAAGAACCUGGCUGACAGCAUCAGUGGUGAAAUGGGAAUUCUGUCCAAUGCCCUUAAGAAAAUGGAAUAAGAAAUAAAAAGCAAAAUAGGGAGAUCUGCUACCAAGAACAUGUACAAAUAUUGAAUUGCUUAAAUAUUUAGCUCUGCCAUGUCAUGUUGAAUUAUGUGUUUCUUUUCAGUUCAUUCAUGUAUAACCACAAAUUGAUUGUGUACUAUAAGAGUUAUGCUAAUCAUAUCUUAAACCUAUAUCAAGAGCUACAGUAUAAGCUUCUAUAAACCUUUUCAAAUAUACGGUACUGCUUGGUUUUGUUUAGAUCUUUAAUGUGCUCCUUUCACCAGCGAUUAGAUAGAUCUGAAGGAAAGCGAGUCUGGGAUCAUUCUGACAGGGUACUGCAGCUCACCUGUGUCUCUGUCGUCUCACUCUCUUUCUCAUAAAUGCCCUCCAGUGCUUGGAGGUUCAGCUGCUGCCAUCACAUUUACAAAGGGUAUUAACAUUAAGAUGAAGAUACCAGCUGGGAGCCUUUUGAACAGAACUAUGCCUAUGCAUCAUUGCACUGCUUUGAAGCGUUUUUUUAAAAAUGUGUUGUUAUCUAUUUUUAUUUUGCUUAUCAUACAUUUACUUUGAAAUUAAACUGGUCAUGUAUGCCACACCCCCCUGGUAUAUGGUUAAUAAGCUGUGUCUUGGAACGGCAACUUUCUAUGCAAUAAUAUCCACAUAAAGUGGAUCCUAAAUGUUGCCUAUACUUCCAUGCAUCAGUUGAAUCAUAAACAAGCCUACUAUGUUUCAUUUAAUAAUCAUUAUGAAAUACGUAGCUGGUGACAUACACAAUGUUUUUUUUUUGCCAGUUGGCUACAGUAGUAUGCCUCGAGUAGAUUUUAACUGGACAAGAGCAUUAUUCGGUUAACACAUAAGCCUAUGCCGAUGUGAUAAUGACUCCUCCAGAUGGAUGCACUCAGAUUUUUCACAGCAUUACCUGUGAUAAAUUGCUUACAAAACGACUAUGUAGAAAUGCAUUAUUGAGUUUCACCUCAUUUGUCAUGUUUAAAAGCUUAACUGGAACAUUCUAACAGCCACUGAAUUCAUUAAAAACAAAAUGAAUUAAUAAUUGUAUUGUUGAAAUUUAGAAGCUCUGUUAUUUUCAAGCGGUAAGUCGUUAUUUGUACCCCUUAUUGAUAUUAAUGUUAUAAUUGUUGAUAAUUACAGUUUAUAGAUAGACAAUAGCAGAACGUUAGGACUGAAGUCAUUGUAUUUUGUAUCUUGCUCUUAAUUGUUCUGUAGUUCUUGAUAUGUAUUUUUUGUAUACAACUGUAAGUCGUCCUGGGUAAGGGCGUCUGCUAAGAAAUAAAUAAAUAAAUAAAUAAAUAAAUAAUAAAA